CGUUGCGUUAUCAUUGCACCAAGACAGAAACAGAACGUCAGCCAUUUUGUUUUCACUUUGGCGACAAAAUGUUGAAAGUUUAUGGUUGAUUUGUGACCUUUAUGAGUGAACAAUCAAUGUGUGAGUUCAUAUAGAGCAGGGGUAAGCUGGUUUAUGUAUGGUUGUUGAUUAAAGGGAGGGAUAUAAUGCAAUUUGAGUGAAAAAAAACAGUAAAGAACGUGCCGUGAAUGUGAUGAUUUUGACCUCCAACUCCGUAGUCAUGGUAUGGUAGUGUUACUAUAAAUACCAUAGAGCAAGGCCUAUGCUAAUACAUAUACUAGCAUUGUAAACAACGUGUAUUCAUUUGUACAUCGUUCGUAGGCUGACAUGACCCUGGUUGAACUGACCGAGUCACAAGUUAAAGAAGCAAUAACAUGGAUGAAACAUAAUGAAGAACCAAAGGCAAUGUUAUUUGAGUACAUGGCCAACACCUGUAAACAACGUUACAACUGGAUCAAGACAGAUAGCCCAACUACAGCAGAGAUCCUGGAGGUGUAUCCUCGGCUGUUAGAUCCAGGAAUUGUUGAGCAAGAUUUCCGACUGGCGAUCUCUGAAGAGACUAACCAGCUUUAUGCUAAGUGGCCUUCUUUUUCCAAACAAGUGUACAAGUACAACUCGAAGGUACUCGGGAUCAAUUGGGAAAAGCAGUUGGAUGUAGGAGAGAUCGAUUUUGGCAACUUGACAGAAGAGGAGUGUCAAGAACUGGCUUUCUCAGUUUUGCCAUUACUUUUUGUGGGGAGGAGCAAAGGCAUGAAAGGGAGAUGUACCCCUGCAGAAUCCCUGCGAUCGUUCAUCGAUAUGAAACCAGAAGGUACUGACAUCCAAAACUACAUGGCGAGCAUUCCGGCAAAGGAACGCCCACAGCCCUUCAUUCUUCUUCUUGGUGGAAGCAGGUUCAGCCCUCAACAAGUCUUCAUGGUAGUGGAGAGAAGGGCUGUUUUAUGUUCAUCAAUUCUUCAAGCAGUAGACAUAUGCAUGAAAAUUAUCUAUGUACUCGAUUUGGAUUACCAGCCACACUGCAGUGCAGUGUGGCACAUGCUACAACACAUGGUGUAUAUGUUGCCACCAGGUUCCCUGGCAGGUGUCUCAUUGAUAACUUUCCGAACUUGGCUGAGACAUUUGCCAGAGGCCUAGGUAGGAAUCUAUUUUCAGAUAGGUUAUACACACAGCAUAAAUAAAGAAAAUUCCGAAACAAAAAUAUAUGUAAUGGCAAAGAAAUUAUAAUAAUAAUGAAGUACAUGCAUA